UGGAGGAAGUUUGUAUGUAUACCAUCUGGUGGCAGAUCGCUGGUGUUCUCCGAACGUGAAACCUAACCUGUUCACGACUCCGUUCUAAAUGUAAACAUUUCACAAUUGACAAUGCGUCCACGUAAAUUCAAGCUUCCAUGUGACGUGGACAGUUUUUCGGAGACUGACAAGAAGGUGGUGAUCGUCUCCGUGUUCGGCAAGUCUCAGUAUCGGGCGAAGGGAUGCAAGACGGAUAUGCUGAGUUCCAUACUCCAGCUGAACCUCCUGGAUAAACCGGAGGUGGAUCAGCAGUCGUGGUGUGAAAUCGAGGGGUAUUAUAAUCCCAACGAGAAGACAGUUUACCUGCACUUGAGGGGAUUCCUGGACGCUCACAUGCUUCAGGCUGAGUACGACAAGUUCACGGAGAAGCAGGACUGCAAGGACUUCCUCAGUGUUUGGGCGCACAUGAAAGAUAAAUAUGCGAGAGCGCUCCUGGUGCUGUUCCACAUAUCCCACGUGAUGGUGCUCACUCAUCCGACGCACACCUUCGACUACAGUUACGUGCAUCUGUUCCGUGCUAUGGACAUAGUCAGGCAAAAGAUUUCUCCGCAACUCUCCGACGUGUUGAGCUGCAUUCAUAGCCUCCCCAAGGAUUGGAUUUCGAAUGCCAGGCCCUGCUCGCCGCGAGUGUUAUUUUACUUCGAAACCUGUCCUGCGGUAUUCCAGGGUCAACCAGGACCGGACAAUGAGGCUAAUAUCAAGAAACUAGAACACUCCCUCGAGGAUCAAAUUUACCAUGUAUUAAGGAAAAACAGGAUUGUUACGAAUAUCAGCUCGAAUUCCUUGUUCGCGAUACCAGCUAAUCAGGAAUUCGUGUACGUGCAUACCGGGAAUACAGACUCGAAGGACAUGCUGGGUUACAUGGCGAGAAAGUUAGUACAGAGUUGUAAAACUAGUUCCAGCGGUACAACGUCGAAAAGCCUCACUAGUCUGGAUUCGAACUCUGUCGUCGUGGACGACACCGAGGCUGAGAUUCACUCGUUUAGAUCGUUUUUGCAACAGCAUAUAAAUCUGGCUUUUGCAAGAGGAUUCGAUGACAACGUCAGUCGACACUCCGUACCAGCUCAUUUUGAGAUACCUACUUUAAACAUAUUUUGCCAAGUGGCGAACAAAGUUUUCGACUAUUUUAUUCACGGGACGGACAAGGAGCUGUUGGCGCUUCAUAAUUUGUUGGACACCGACGUGAAAUUUAGCAAGAGCCGAUGCAGCAAGGUACUUCCGAGAGCUCUACAGGCGUAUCAAGAAAACUUGCCGCAGCACUAUACAAGGGCGUAUCACGAAUCGAAACUGGCGCACGCGAUGGGGAUGUUCGAGAUGCACGCCCGCGGUCCGCUGUUCGAGGAGUUCAGCGAGAAGUUACAAGCCGAGUGUGACAAGCACUGGCGAGCCGGCAGGCAGAUGUGCGAAGUGUUGUCGCUCACCGGUCAUCCUUGCACGAAUCCCGUGCACAGGGGAGGUAGCGAAGGUGCGGGAGGUGGGGAGCAGAGCGAGCCCAGGGAGGACGACAGCGAACUACCCGUCAGAGAGCAUUGCAGCGGCGUCAGAUAUGUGUGCGCUUGCAAUUGCGGCAGGAUUCAAGGCUCGAGGGAAGAUCCAUUUAGUCUGAAACAGGCGAAUUACGACUAUUUCCAGAUGUUGGCGAAACAAUGCGGUUGCGCGCAAUUGGAACUCGUGCAGUUCCCCGUGUUUCAACCCAGCACACAUAACUACAGAGCAGCACAAUUAUUUCCAGCAACGAAACGUCACGAUUCCUUCAGCCGCAACGGAUCCUCUACGCCACAAGACACGCAAGCUUGCAGUUUAGGUGCCGAUACCUUGAAUGUAAAGGACAUUCCCCCCUUAAUGUCUGGAAAUAUUGCAGAAAGUACAGAUUACGGUAGCGGCGGUCAAUCGCCAACGACGAGCGACCCGAUAGAGGAAGACAUUCCGAGAUUGAGCAGCAAGACGAGUUUGACGCCGAGCGACUCGCACAAAGUUGUCAUAGAAGUCACUGACAGCGACGCGGAGAACUCUAAAGGUGUCUCAUCGCUACUGAAGUACGAGCCUAAGCAUUUAACCGGAAAUCUAUACGGAUGUAUGCGCUUUACAGACAAGUCUCUGGUCAGACAACCGUCGACGACGGAAUAUCUACCGGGAAUGUUGCACACCGAAUCACCGGCCGGCCUGCUGCCGCAAUUCUCCAGCUGGUCGCUGAUAUGUCUCGGCCCGAGCAGCCUUUACUCUCACAAUUUAGGACUGCAGCAUCAGGUCGGAGUGUUCCCCACCUCCGCGUUUCUGCUACCGUGGGACGUGACCGUAAGAUUGGAGCACCAGAAGGAACGGAAUCCGCUGUGGCCGUUGGUGGGCGAUCACGGCGGUUACUCCUCGCGAGGGGGCAAGAAUUUCCAGAGCAUGAAUGCCAUACGCGGCCGCAAGUCGAAAGGCGGCAAGGAGUUUGUCGUGAAAAUAUUCGUUGGAGUGGAGUACGAGUGUCCGCGCGGGCACCGAUUCAUGGCGUCCGCGCCCGACAAGGUGCUGAAGGCGACCGGAAGCGGCAUAGUGAAGGACAGCGGAAACAAGGUGACGUCCAGCACGACCGAUAUGCCUCUCUACUUCCCUUGCCCCUGCAGGCAAACUAAACCCCUCAUCGCUCAGCUGAUGAGAAUCCAUGUGGUGACGCCUAAAGCGCCGGUGCACGUCACGUUGAACCCGAGGGUUCAACCUGGUCCCCCGCCCUGCCCGAUAUUCGUCACCGGAUGUGAGGAGCCGAUCAAGCUUUCCCAGAGCACAUAUUGGAUCUUAAGGCUACCAUACGUAUACAUGGGAGAAAAGGGACCAUAUUUACCGCCUAAGGAACCGAUACCUCCGUCGCACGGGCGUUUAUUAGCCGGCAUGUACGGCAUCAGCGAGGUCGUGCCGGAAAAAAAGUGAAGAGGAGACCACGACGCGAUAUAGAAUAUCGCGAAGAUUUCGUGUACAUAAACAAGUGCAUUUCGCGCACGCGCGCGUGUGUGUAUAUACGUGUGUGUGUGUGUGUGUGUGUGUUUCGAAAUACUGUGCGUUGAAAAUAAAGUAUACCUAGUUUGC